AGUAAAAUUUUUACAACUAUUAUCAUUUGUUCUUAUUCAAUUACUUUCAUUUAUAACAAUUCAUCAUUCAUAGAAAUAAUAACUAUUAUCGUUAGGUUAACUCAAUUUGACACCAUCUCUUAAUUACAAGGCCGACCUGGUGGCCAUAGCGUGAGGUAGUUUAGCUCCCAUGAAUUAAACCCACCUAGCUAAUAGAUUUUUAUUUGUAAUACUACUAUAAAAUCAAUUAAAUACUAGUUGGAAAAGGUAGAAGUAAAAUAUUUUGGCUAUCCUGCCAAAGAUAUUUUGUCAUUUCGCUGAACUGGGCAAUCGGGUAACAUCGUAAUUUGAAGUAGUUAAUGGUACCAGCUUUAUCACACCAUUCAAACUUUCGACCCCACUUCCACUUCUUACGUUUAAUUCUAAACUUUAAAGCAUUACAAUCGUGUAUUGUGUAGAGACUACUAGUAGAGUUUUGGUGGGUGUAGUAGAGUUAUUGCUAACUUGUCUUAUUUAGCACGGUUGUAAUAAUUACGUAACGAAAGGUCCUAGAAACCGCCGGUUUUCAGGUUUCUAUGUAUUUUGUGAAUUAAACAACAAAGUAUUAUUAAGCCAAAUUCAGACGAACAAAAUGAUGAAUUUAAAGUUUAUAACGAAAAUCGCUCCGUUAAAAUCGCGAAGUGUGGAAGUAAGCACAUUACUUAAAGCCCUACCAGCUGCAUGUAGUCAACUUCAAGGUAGAACUUAUGCAGACCAUGUCAUUCCAGAUAGAUUAAAGGAUAUGCCUACUCACCCAAACCCCAGAUUUUUCGACAUGGUCGAAUAUUUCUUUCACAAAGCAUGUGUUCUAGUAGAAGAUAAACUAGUGGAAGAUCUGGGAAAGGCAAAAGGAUCUAAGUUGACCUUAGAUCAAAGAAAAGCUAAAGUAAAAGGUAUUUUAACCUUUAUGGAACAAUGUGAUCAUAUUAUUGAAGUUUCUUUUCCUAUUAAAAGAGAUAACGGACAGUAUGAGAUUAUUAAAGGAUAUAGGGCUCAACAUAGCACUCAUAGAACUCCAUGCAAAGGAGGAAUGCGUUUCUCCAUGGAUGUAUCAAGGGAUGAAGUUAAAGCUUUGGCGGCUUUGAUGACGUUCAAAUGCGCUUGUGUAGAUGUUCCCUUUGGAGGUGGUAAAGCCGGCGUCAAAAUCGAUCCUAAAACGUAUUCUGAACAUGAAUUGGAAAAGAUCACAAGAAGAUUUACUUUAGAACUAGUCAAAAAAGGUUUUAUUGGACCCAGUAUUGACGUACCUGCACCCGAUAUGGGUACUGGCGAAAGAGAAAUGUCUUGGUUGGCCGAUACCUACGCCAAAACAAUCGGUUACCAAGAUAUCAAUAGUCAUGCUUGUACCACAGGCAAACCAAUUAACCAGGGUGGUAUUCACGGACGUGUUUCCGCAACAGGUCGUGGAGUCUUCCACGGUAUCGAAAAUUUUAUCAAUGAAGAAAGCUAUAUGAAGAUGUGCGGUUUAUCCACAGGUUUAAAAGGAAAAACAGUCAUUAUCCAAGGAUUUGGUAAUGUUGGGUUGCAUACAAUGAGGUAUCUACACAGAGCAGGUGCUAAAAUUAUUGGCGUCAUUGAAUUUGAUGGUUCAAUCUUCAAUGAAAACGGUAUCGACCCCAAGGAUCUAGAAGACUACAGAGUUUCAAACGGUAGUAUAGUUGGUUUCCCAGGUGCUAAAAAGUUUGACGGCAACUUAUUGUUCCAUGAAUGUGAUAUAUUAGUACCAGCUGCCCUCGAAAAAGUCAUCACAAAGGAUAACGCCGAUAAAGUUAGAGCUAAAAUAAUUGCCGAAGCCGCUAACGGACCCUUGACGCCGGCUGCUGAUCAAAUUCUACUUAAAAAGAACGUUCUCGUUAUUCCUGAUCUGUACGUCAACGCCGGUGGUGUAACCGUUUCAUUCUUCGAAUGGUUAAAGAACAUCAACCAUGUAUCUUACGGAAGACUAACCUUCAAGUACGAAAAGGACUCCAACUACCAUUUACUACAAUCUGUGCAAGAAUCUCUAGAAAGGUCUUUCACUGAAAAAGGAAAGAUCCCCAUCUUGCCAUCAGAUGCUUUCAACAAGAGGAUUUCCGGUGCUUCUGAAAAAGACAUUGUACAUUCUGGGCUCAGUUUCACAAUGGAGAGAUCCGCAAAGGCUAUUAAGGAAACCGCUGAAAAAUAUGGUCUUGGUAUGGAUCUGAGAUCAGCUGCUUAUGUUAACUCAGUACACAAGAUAUUCCUCACAAUAAACGAUGCUGGUUUCGCAUAUUAACAUUAGUGUAUACUUGGCAUCUUUCUUUUAUUCAUUCAUUCCAAAAGUACCAGUAUUCGUAAUUGAGUCAUAAAAACGAUUACAUUUAAAUAUAGAAUAAUAGAGAAUUUUUCAUAACAUUCCAUACACAUAUAAUAAGUCAAUUCAGAAACAAAGUUUUUGUUGUUUUUAUUAUUUUGUUUUUUAUUUUAUAUAUACCUCGUAUUCUAGAUUUGAUUCUAUGAUUUCUUCCAUUCUGUAACAAUUUUAUUCUCCUUUAACAAAAUUUGUAAUUCCAAUUAUAGGACGUACCAUGUCAGUAAUUAAGAAUUUUACUGUAAGAACUUUACCAAUAAAAAUUAUGUUCCAAAAAAGUUGUUUUCAAUUUUAUCCAUCCCAAAGUGUGAAAACAGAAAUAAUUAGAAAUGUAAAAAACAAUCAAUAAUAUUGUGAAUGAAGAAUAUUCUUAAUUGAAGGUAGUUAGUGAAGCAUGAGCAGAAGUUGCAAUGUAUGUCAAAGGCUGCAGUUUUAUUUAGGAUUAUAACACGUUAGUUUAGCGUUUUUGACGUCGUAGAAUCCAUUUAUCGAGGUUCUAAAAGGUUUUACCAAUAAUUUGUUUGAUUGACCUCCAGUUCGACUUUUGGGGGGCCCAUAAAUUUACCAGAGAGGACCCUAAUCGGGAUGAGAAGGCAAUAACUGACUAUUUUUUUAAUUAGUAGUAGAAAUGGAAUAUAGUAAAAGAUGUCAAAGUUACAACACAAGCGGUACAACAAAUUGGUAGUUAUCACCAUCUGCUAAAAAUGAGAUAUGAGAACUAAUUAAAUGACAAGUACAAAAAGGAAAAA